AUGAAUCGUUUAACCUUUUAUGGAUUAUGUUUAUCAGGCGCAGUUGGUAUGGGUUUAUUAGUAGGUUCACCAAUUUGUAGACCAGUUUUUGGUGAAUUAUUAGGUGCAAAUAGGGAUCAAGAAAAACGUGAAAAAGAAAUUAAAAUUUUAAUGGCUGGUGGUACAAUUGACCCACACCACAACCACCACGAUGAUCACCAUGAUAGUCAUGGACAUGGUCACGGUAAAAUAAAAGGACACCAUUAA